CUACAACUGAUUUAAUUAAAAUAAACAAAUUAUCAGAAAAAAAAAACAGGAGAAAACAAACCAAAAGUUUUCUUCUUUGUCAAAAAAUAAACACGCAAGAAAGAGUCGUAAAUAAAAACUAUGAUUUAUAUAAAAUGUUUCAUGCUUAUUUCAUUUACAAUAAUUAUCUAUGGAACAUUUGGACAAUAUUACAAAAUAUGGAGUGAAUAUCCACAGUCAAUUCUACAAAAUGAAGAAAGAUUAACAAAACGUCCUUGGACAUUACGUGACCCACUGAAUUGUUGCUUGGAUAAUGCUAAAUGUUGUAGGCGUAAAAGGUACUUUGAAAGAAAACUGGAUGAAGAUGACGAAGAUGAAUUUGGUUUGACACGGGGAGAAUAUGCUUGGAAAAAUCGUGUAUAUGAGAUAAGAAAUCGAAUGAAUCCACUACUGAUAAAAAAAUUUACUCAUGAAAGAAUGAAUAAGUAUUGAGUUUAAAAAACGUUAUCACCAUAUUGUUAUUAUACGCUUUAUUAUUACAUUAUCAUGAUUAUACACUGUCCAUACUUUUCUUUACAAAAUUAAUUUAUGCAAAUAAAAGUAUUCUUGUUUAUGAUUACUGAUUUAGCGUUAAGUAGAAAUUAUAAUCGCGUGAUUACAUUUUGGCACUUGUCUAAUAGAUUACAUAAAUAAGUCGAGCAAAGUGCAUGGCUAUUUACUAAACCUACAUACACACUUUCAACUUGAGUGCUAGAAACACUAUCCGAAUUUCUGUAUCAAAAUAGGUAGACUGGGAAAUCAACUUGCGAUCUAAUAGC